AGCCAAAAACCCCGUAAUCGCAAUGUCUGUGUAUGUGCGAGUGUGUGUGUGUGGGCGGCGAAGGAGCCCCAACACACAGACACCCAUACUCUCAUAGUAUUACCCAUACACCCACACAAACCCCCCGUAUGUUUCACACAUUGUUGUUGUUUCUGUUGGCCAUAAUUAAUUUCGACUCGAAAAUCCUUUGCCCUUGGUUUUCGAUUUUUUUCGGUCUGGGGUUCUACACAAUAUAAUCAAAUCUGUGCAAACAGUGGCGGUCGCAUUUGCGAAUCCAAUUAUCAUGUGAAUAACUCGCGCCGAGUGGGCGAAAUUUAAACAAAUAUGUGUGCGUUGUGAGUAAAUAAAUGAAUAAAUGCCACUAAACACACAAAAAAUGAACGAAACGAAAACAAACUGAUAACCGCAGAGCAGAAGUCGGACUACGACAACUUCUACGAGACCUCGGAGCACCAUUUACGAUCGUGCUUAUAGAGCUUAUAUAGCCGUAGCCCCCUUCCAUCGCGAGCUCCGAUCCUCACCUGCUGAUAAUCCGAUAAUUUAGUGGCCCCUUUUUUGAGACCAGAGAAAAGGGUAAACAAUGGAACACAAACUGGGUUUCUUGGUUUGCACUUUAAGUAGAUAACUUUAACCAACCGCCGACGCCAUGCCCAAAAGCCGAAGCAACAACGCCCCGGAGACUAACAACAUGCGAUCCUGCUAAGAAGAUCAGAGCGAACCCAGCCCGAUCAUGAGUCGCCAGGAGGCAGCUGCAUCCCGUCCAGCCGGGGGAGCGGCCGGCCCAGCCCCAUCGUCAUCCUCAUCGACAUCGACAUCAUCCCACUCAGUGAGCGCUGUCCUGGGCAGCAAGAUAUCCACCUCGACGCCGCAGAAGGGCGAUGAGCAGCAGGAACAGGAGUUUAUCAACCAGAGCGUGGCCAGCGAGAUCGAGGCCAUGUCCAUCUCGGGUUCCGUGUCCGCCGACAGCAGCAGUGGCAUCACGGCGGCCACCAUGAGCGGCAGUCCCGUGCCCAAGCGCCAUUUGAGCACGGCUAAUCUGUCGCGGAUUCGUCCGCAGUCGAGCUACUCGGCCCGCGUCCUUGUCUUCGACGACUCCGACCAGGAGGCAGCUGCCGCUGCUGCAGCUCUGGCGGCGGCCUCGUCCUCCUGCAACAGCAGCGUCAAGUCCUGCAGCGGACUGGAGCUGCUGCCCACUUCGCCGGCCAAGCUAUCCAUCGGCAACGACAGUACCAACGGUUCCUCGAUGAUGCGCAAUCUGAACUUAACCAAGAGCUCGUCCGGCGGAUUAUCCGGCAGUUCAAGUUCGCUACACUCGCGGGGAUACACUGCCUUGCUCCGGAAGAUUUCCUAUCAGCAGCAUACCAACUCACUACGCGCAGUCAGCAGUGAGGCCUCCAACCUGCUGCGCAUGCGUCACUCCUCGCUGGGAAAGUCGGCUCCCUGCCUCACUGGCAACUAUUUCCGCCACGAGCUGGCCGCUCCGCCUCUGAUUCAGGCACCUGGCUUUGGGGCUUCUCCUUCGGGCGGCCACAACAUCUCGAGGUCGGGCAGCUGUGCGGGCAUUGGCUUGGCCAAGCACCACCACCACCAUCACUUGCACGGCGUUGUGAUGCGAGGGUCAGGUGGCGGAGGCGCUGGUUCCGCCGGUGGCUCCUCGAGUGGUGUGGCCCAUCAUCGCCUCAGCUUGGUCACCAAUGCGGCUGCCGUAGCGGCGGCUGGCGGAUCCCGGGCCCAUUCCCCGUAUUCGGCCAGUCCCGUGGACAGUCCGCGUCUCAAUUCGCCCAUGCCAUUUGCAUUUGCUCCGAUUAAACGGAUCGCUUCGUGCCGGGGCGUUGUGGACGGGCGUCGCUGGUCCGUGGCCUCGCUGCCCUCCUCUGGAUACGGCACCACCCCGGGUAGCUCCAAUUUAUCGUCUCAGUGCUCCAGUCAGGAGGGUCUUAAUCAGUUGCCGCACAACAUUCCGCCCGGAGUCCAGGAGGCGGAUGCCGCUGCCGUGGCUGCUGGUGCCUGCUGUGCCGAGCACCUGAAGCAGCACUGUCCCAAGCACUGUGCUCUGUUGCUGGCCGUUUCCCAGAAGCAGCUGACGCCCCAGCCACCAAAGCCAUCGCAGCUGCAGCCACAGAAACCGAUGGCGGCACCCUGUGUCAACUGCUGUGCCGAACUGAGCCUGCCCUGCGGUGGUCAGCAGGCUGGUGGUAACGGUGGCCCCUCGGCCAAUAGCUCCGCCUCGAGUGCAAUUCAAGUCGGCGGUCGGAUGUCGCCCUUCUUUCGACCACGUUCCCGAUCGCUUUCCAGCCCAUCGCGUUCGCCAAUCGUGGACAAUGAAAUUGCCGUGAUGAACACGCUGUACAAGGAGCGGUUUCCCAAAGCAACCCAGCAAAUGGAGGAGCGGCUGAAGCACUUCAUCAACGAGAACAAGAGUGCAGCUUGCAAUAGUUUCAGGGAUUCGCAGCCGAUAGUGCGAUUUGUGCAUCAUCAGGUGUUGGAAAUGGCAAGAGAUUGCCUGCACAAAUCUGAGGCCAAGCUGAUAACCUCGCAAUAUUUUUAUGAGUUGAGUGAGAAUCUAGAGCGUUUGCUGGUUGAGACCAAGGAGAAGUCGCCGGAAGCGGCAGCAGAGUUAAAUGGUGUGAUUAAGAAGCUUUUGCUGAUCAUUUCGCGUCCAGCUCGUUUGUUGGAAUGCCUGGAGUUUGAUCCCCAGGAGUUCUACGAGCUUUUGGAGGCUGCUGAGGGACAAGCCAAGGCCAUGCCUGUGAUUAAGGCGGAUAUCCCGCAGUACAUCAUCCACAAGCUUGGUCUUAACCGCGAUCCCAUCGCUGAACUGCAGCAGGAGUUGCGGGAGACACAGCAGAUGUGCUCGGAGCAGGUCACCGUGGAUGCGGAUCCACUCCAACCAGGUGGCAGUUUACUCCUUAAUUCACCCCUAACCAGUGCUGCCAAGCAAUUGAGCAGCCUGGCCCUGGAUUCCAUUGCUUUGGACUCGGGAAGUGGCACGGCGACACCUCAACAGCCACCCCAAACGCCAGUGGCUACAUGUGAAACUGCCCCCUCUUUCGCACUGGCCAUCAGUCAGAUGAAUGAGGAGAGAUCAUUAUCAGGCGGUGGAGCUGCAGCUGGAGGAUCGGGUGUGGCAGGAACAGGAACUGGAGGAGUAACUGGAGCAGCCGCAGGAACAACAGCGGGCAGUGGAGUCGCCGCUCAACAACCCUCGCCCCACGAAAACGACUUUGACAUUGUCAAGCUGAUCUCAAAUGGUGCUUACGGAGCCGUCUACCUGGUGAAGCACAAGACCACUCGUCAGCGCUUCGCCAUGAAGAAAAUCAACAAAAAUAAUCUCAUCCUGCGCAACCAAGUGGAGCAGGUGUUUGCCGAGCGCGACAUCCUCUCGUUCGCCGACAAUCCCUUUGUGGUCAGCAUGUACUGUUCCUUCGAGACGAAGAAGCACCUGUGCCUGGUGAUGGAGUACGUGGAGGGCGGCGACUGCGGCACGCUGCUGAAGAACAUCGGGCCCCUGCCUGCGGACAUGGCCCGCUUCUAUUUCGCCGAGACAGUAUUAGCAGUAGAAUAUCUGCACAGCUACGGCAUCGUGCAUCGUGACCUGAAGCCGGACAACCUUCUGAUCACCGCCCUGGGUCACAUCAAGCUAACGGACUUCGGGCUCUCCAAGAUGGGUCUCAUGUCGUUAGCCACCAAUUUGUACGAGGGAUACAUUGACUCGGAGACCAGACAGUUUUCCGACAAGCAGGUGUAUGGCACACCCGAGUAUAUUGCCCCGGAAGUGAUCCUGCGCCAGGGCUAUGGCAAGCCAGUCGACUGGUGGUCCAUGGGCAUCAUACUUUAUGAAUUCCUCAUCGGUUGCGUGCCAUUUUUUGGCGAGACCACUGAGGAACUAUUCGCGCACACCGUCAACGAUGACAUUGAGUGGCCGGACAGUGAGGAUUGGCCUGUGCAAUCGGAGGCGAAGGACAUCAUUUCGCAAUUGCUGCAGCAGAACCCGAGGGAUCGUUUGGGCACCCAAACGGGUGCGCUUGAAAUGAAGGAGCACGAAUAUUUCCUGGGCAUGGAUUGGAACUCACUGCUACGCCAGAAGGCGGAGUUUGUGCCGCAGUUGUCCCACGAUGAUGAUACCAGUUAUUUUGACACUCGCAUGGAUCGCUAUAACCAUGAUCUAGGUGGCGAAGAUACGGACGACACGGAUGACACUCCGGUUUUCGGCAGUUUUAACUCGUAUACUCCCCAAUAUAGGAAGCAGCAUUAUAGCUGGUCCCGUCAUGCCACGCCCACGGCCACCGAUGGAGUUAAACCAACGGCCCCGCCAACAAUGACAUCGCUGCCAUCGCGUGCCCAGGAGAUUCCAGUAGCCCCCGUAGCGCCCACAUCAACUGGUGCCCUGCCUAAACUUAAAACGGGACUGGGAAGCGGAAGUGGAAGUGGCAGUGGUUCGGGUAGCGCUUCCAACGAAGGUGUGGUCAACAAGUUCUUGAACACGCCACAACUACGAAAACUGGACCUCUCGUCCAGCUGUCUGAAGGUGCCGUCCACCCCGGAUGCCGACUACUUGCCCGAAUUGCUGUACAACGUCACGAUUGGAAACGAUGCGGAGCUGCGCAUGCUGAAGCACUACCUGAGGCAACCCAAUCCUGGAGCCACGCAGCGCAUGCAGCAGCGCCAUAGUAUGCCGCCCAAUACGACGACCAUUAUCAGCACGCCGGCAACACCGCCUCCAACUCAAACUCAGGCGGCAAUGGCGGCCACUCCGACAACGGCCACGGUGGGCAGCUUCUCGCGCAGCACGCCAGAGAGUUCGCAAACGGACAGUGAUGACUUCUCGCCACAGAUCAACCGGAAACGGAAGGGCGUCUGCGCCAGGGACAUUUUGCCGCGUUUUUCCAUCUCGAUAGAGGAUGAAACCAUUUCCGCGGGCAGCUCCUCCACGGAGAACAUGAACUUGCCAAGGGAACAAUCCCCGCUUGCGUUGCAACAUCAACCAAAGUCCAUGGACGGAAGCAGCAGUGGCAGCAGCAUGAAGCAUCACCGUUCCAGGUCGAUUGUUAAGUCCGCAUCGGCCUUAGGUUUGUCGUUGAUGACGUCGCUAGACAACAGUCAAUUGGCCGCUCAAUUAGGCGGCAUUCAAUCUCCGGGCGGUGGAGGCAAUGGCUCCAGCACGGCCAGCUCCAGGGACACCUCGCCUUGCCGGGAGCUCUCGCCAUUGGUUACGAAUCUGAAGCCACCUAUCAUCAUUCGACGUGGACCGCGUGGAUUUGGCUUUACUGUCCAUACCAUCCGGGUGUACUACGGCGACACGGACUUCUAUACGAUGCAUCACUUGGUUAUGGCCGUGGACGAGGGAAGCCCGGCUUUUGAGGCUGGACUGCGGCCAGGGGAUCUCAUUACCCAUGUUAAUGGAGAAGCGGUGCAGGGCUUAUUCCAUACCCAGGUGCUGCAGCUGCUCCUAAGCGGCGGCGAGCACGUUACAUUACGGGCCACGCCUCUCGAGCACACCAGCAUUCAGAGCGGCGGCCGCAAGCGCGAUCUCAUGCAAAGCAAGCUGGCUAAGAAGGGUCUGAAUCGCCAGAAGAAGCAGACAAAGCGGGAGCACGACAAGAAGCGCAAAACCUCACUGUUUCGUCGGAUUAGCAGCAAGCGUGCAAAUGCGGAGAUGCAGCAGUAUUCUGCUGGCACAAGUUCACCCACCACACCAUCGGCCAGGAAUUUGUCGCCGUUGGAUUCUUCGUACCACAGCAGCAGCUGUUGUCAGUCGGCUGCCAACUCCUCAUCGCAAUCCACCUCGCCCUCAUCUUCAUCGCCCAACACUCCCACCGGUUCGAGUGGCUCCAAUCAUGGGGGCAACGCAGGACUGGAGCGGACAGUUGCUCCCUCGGCCCUCAGUGUGCAAUUGCCCGCUCCCCCGCCACCCACGCAGUUAGUGCUCCUGCCCCACGUGGGAGCCGUCGUUGGCAGCAGUCCCACCUCUGCAGGAAAUGUGCCAGUGUCCCCCACUGGCGUCGUUCCGCAGCUGUAUCAGCGUCCAUCCACUCUACAUGGUCUCAAGCACAAGCUGCACGCGGCCACCGCCGUAAUAGCGAGCGGUGGGAAUGCCAAUAAUCCCGCCGGAGGACUAAAGACCCUCCACACCACGAGCAACAAUUCGCUGCCGAAUCGCCGGAAGUCGGUGGGUCAUAUUCCACUGUCACCGUUGGCGCGGACUCCUUCACCAUCACCGCUGCCAUCGUCGCCCACACGAUCUCCUUCCCCAUUGGCCUUUCCACUGGUUGGCCAUCAGCCAGGAGCCUCGAACACCACGCAAUCUUACAGUCCAGGGAGCACUCUGCCCACCUUGCAGCCAGCGGUGAAUGCAAACAGUAAGAAGGCAGGAUUUGCCAGAACCAAGUCGGCGGAACCCAGUUCUCCAUUGCUUAGGCGCGCUUUGUCCCCGGAUCGCUUACAUCCCCGUAGUGCUGAAACGAAGAUAUCGCCACUUUGCUGCUCGCCGCCCAUUAAACAGCCGACGCAUCAGCGAGUGGUGACCACCACCUGGAGGUCGACGACUGGCAAUUCGGCAGGAGCUGGAGGAACAGUUUCAGGUGCCCCUGCAGCUCAGCCUCAGCAUUUGGCGACUGCUGCCUCUGAGGAAUCUCAAAGACUAGCUGCUGGGGCAGCAGUGGUUCCCACAACCGUUGCAGGAACAGAGCCGAGUGCUGUGGUUACCAUGGCCAAUUGUGAGCCUCUGCCGCGCAUUGCCGAAGAGAAAGAUUCGCCCACCAGCACCCAGGACAGCAGCAGUGUAUCCGAGGGAUUCAUGCCCGCCAUCGAGGAGUACGCCGAGGGGGAGUCCUCAUCUUCGCCCACUCAAACCCUGGAGAAGCCGACGAAGGUAAAGGCCACCGAGCAACCAGAGAUGGAGCCUGCUGGCAAGACUAAGAAGGUCGAUCAGGGUAAAAGCACAUCCCAAGCAGCACCCAAAACCAAGCCCCAGAACAGUGGCUGUAAAACUUCGAUGACAACGACAAAGCCGGCCAGUCCGAGCGUGACUAUUUCGACAGGACCACGUAAGGACUCGGCGGCUACGACAGCGGCAGGAAGCACUGCAACAGGAGCAACUCCAGCCACUUCUGCUGCCAAGCAGAGAAAGUAGCGUCAGAGAAGCCGCGGUGGAUAUGGAUGCUUGUGUUUUAAAUUUCGCGUUUAAACUACUAUCUUUGAUUAGGAAGGGCGAGGUUGGAUGGCAGGAAAUGGAAACCGCAGGAAUUCGAAAUAUAUUUAUAGCGAGGGAUGGCGUUUUAAACUUUUUUCGAAGUAAGCUUGUGUUUUUUGCGCAAAUUAUAACAAUUUAGCAAUGAAAUUAAUUAGAAAAUUCUGAAACCUAGUAGUUUGUAGAUGUCCUAACUAAAGGAAAAUUAAAAGAAAACCGCUUGAAAACUCUUAAUGUAAAUUACUAGGCACGAAAGCAAAUCGAGAAAAAGCACGAUAUUCCAGUUAAAGCAAAUCUAAGAGGCACCACGCAAUUAUGUACUGUAUAUAAAUGUGAAACAUUGAUAGAAUUAAUGAAUUGUAGACUUCGGAUGAUGAGUCGUAAGGAGAGUCAUAUGGAGCGAAACACGCGCUUGAGGGCUGCGUUCAAAACAUUUUUGCGAAUCUAUACACUAUGCCGAUUUCAAUAUAAAAUCUAUAUUAAAUAAAUGUUAUAUGUGUGUGUA